AUGCCUCUCCACAGCACCCAUGUCUUUGCAAGUCACAUCGGCCAUACUGGCAAGACCACGCUGGCAUAUCAGAUGUCUACUUUCUAUGCUAGCAAGCAUCCAGACGCCUGUGUUUUGAUUAUGGACCUCGCGGAAGAGGGCGACCUCACAAAGCGAUUACUCGGCGGAGUGGACGCCGCAGGGCGAAAGGUUGAGUCGCUGUUUGGCGGCGUGUUUAGGCUCCUCCAAGCAGCAGAGAAACGGCCAUCCGGCCUCACCAGCUGGCUUUGGUCGUCGACCUUCGAUGUCAUGGAGCAUGCAGUCAAACUGAAGGAUCACAAUCCUGCCCUCCCUGACAACCUCUACCUCAUCUCCAGUGGCGCAUGGCCACGAGCAGAAGCUCCCAUGAGUGACGAUGUCAGGAAGCAAGUUUGCGAAAGAAUACGCGACUCCCUCAACACGUCCACUGCAACAUGGAAGUUGUUUUGCGACACAGAUGGUGACCGUCGGCCAUCGCCCUACACGAUGUUGGCCUAUGGCCUAUGCGAUGAGGCCAUUGUGCCACUCCACUUGAACAAAGGUGAUUUGGACAGAACUGAAACCAUGCUGGGAGUCAUGCAUGAGCUCCGACAACGAGGGGAGAUCAGGACCAAGGUUCUGCUCAUCGUGUGGAACUUUGUGAAGGUCCUGAAGGACGAUCCUGUAGAGUAUCAUGGGAUGACGCUGCCUUUUACGCCCACGAAGGUUUGCAUGGACAUCUUGGAGUCUUGCAACCGUCGCCUGUAUAGCAGUGCCACGGAGCUUGAGGGCCUGUUUGUGCAUGCAGGCGAGUCUGAGGGCGACUUCAUCAAGAACUCCACAGCAGUGCUCAGGGUCUUGGCAGACAACGUACUCAAACCCUCUGAGGAGCUAGGCGUUCCCGUAGUGGAGAUGGUGCAGCGGCUCACAGAAAGUGGCAAGAAGACGAUGAAGUUCCAGAGCGGAGACAUAGCCUACGACACCAAGGGAGAAACGAUCUCGAAUGUGAUGGACGGCCUGAAGCAGCUAGAAGAGAAGUUUGAGGCCAUGGCGCUAGGCUGA